GUGGGUCUUAGUGUAUAAGAAGGGGUACCAAUCAAGGGAAGAGACCGUCCAGAGCUCUGUCAUCACCAAGCUGAAAGGAGUGGUCAUGACCAACAACACAGAAUCUGGACUUUACCUAUGGGGGGCUGAGGAUUAUGUCAUACCUUCAACGGUGAGAUCCUGGAUCUUUUUGGGAGGUUUUAUGUACACAGGUAGAGCUGACAUACAGUACAGAGCCUACUGCUAGAUUAUUCAUUCAAGUCUAAUUGAGUUGAAGCUGAAGCUCAGUCAGUGAUACAGCAAGUCAUUGAUUGUAUAUUUUCAAGUACAAUGAGUCACAUUUUUAUGGGGUCUCUCCAUAAACUCACUUUCAUCAGUUUCCAAUCACACCCAAAUAUGUUGAACAUCUAUUUGAUACGGUUUUAGAAUAUGAUAAGUUGACAUGUAUUUAUAGUGCUCUUCAAUUAUUUUUAAGAACAUGUCUGAUGUCUUUAAAUAAUGUUUAUCUUGUAAGGUCAUGGAAAAGGCAAUGAUUGGGGUCAUUGGACAUUAUACCGUACAGGCUAUAGAGCAAUAGGACAGUCACACUUUUCGCUAUAUACAUUUUAGCUAUAAACCUACUGAGUCUUUUUUUUCCUGAAGGGACACACCAUUUCAUCUGUUCGGUUAAAUAAAAGAUAGAGGGUUGUUCCCCAACUGUAAUUGCUAUAAUUAAUUUUAAUUAAUUCUAAUUUUAAUAAUUCACUUAACCUUUGCGUGACUCAAUGAUAAACAGAUUAAAUAGAAAGGUCUGCUCUUGUCCACAUGGUGAGCCCAGUCAGCCACCACUGGAUCUCCUUCAUUUUGUAAGGCUAUAUUAAUAUGUGGUGAGAAGCUGUGCUAUUUACAUUUAAGCUUACGAUAUUAAAAGCUUUGACAAAUGAAUAUAUUUAUUUAGGGCUUUGAUUUUGUACAGUUAAUACACAGUCCCCUGACUGACCUGACUGGGAAAAGUACAGUGUCCAACAUUUUAGCGUCCUGUUGUUUUUCAGGGUGAACAAGUCUUCUUCAUUGUUACAAACUACCUCGAGACCCCAAAUCAGAGGCUUGGGUUCUGUGCUGAGGUGAGUGAAAAGCAAUAUUGUACUACCAUAAUCGAGACAAAAAUCUUGUUAAUUGACUUUAUUUUAAAAGAUCCCCCAAUUCUGAGAUAGAGAUUGGAUGACUGUGCAGCUGAGAUAGAAAUACUUUAAUGAUCCAAUCAAACAAGGAAAUUAAACUCCGCAUUGAUGAUGCAAUGAUUCUCACCAUAUAUGGCAAAGCAAACAGAAAAUCGACUAGUAAUUUGGGGCGGAUGUCAGAAUCCAAACUGCCUAGAGCAGGUAAUUAUGAUGCCUCAGGCCCAACAGUUCUUUCCUCAGAGAAAGAUGGCUUGACCUUGCCAUUGUCUUCCAGUACUUGCUUAUUUGAUGUUAUAGUAGGCUUUCGGUGCCGUUAUGAUGAUUUUCAGAAAAGUUAUGAAACAUGCAUUAAUUAUUUUUAAUAAUGAUAAAAUCUUCAUAGUAUAAAGGGGUCAGUGUGUCACUGUUCACUUGUCCAAUAACAUUGUGUAUUCCUUUGCAUUUUUAACUACAGCAAUGUGUCAUAUUUUCUCCAGAGCCCUAAGGUGCCAGAUGGCCUAUGUGUAAACAAUGAGGAUUGUGCCGAGGGUGAGGCGGUGGUAGCUGGCCAUGGUAAGGGCUAAUAUGGUCAACUGGGGCAGUCUAUCUCAUUUCUAUUUACAUUUCCAAGAUUAACAUUUAUUUACAGAUUAACACUGGUUAUGGUCACAUUUCUCUUAAAUGCACAUGUACACCACUAAUGUGUAGGAAACUUAUGAGAAUCACCAGGGUUGGAAUUGGACAAAUGUCUCUCUUGGAAAUUCCUUGGAAUUGACCUUAAAAAAAGUAGAGUAUUAUGUCUUUCCAGGAUGUUGACAGGGUUCUUUGAUUUUCCCUGCAGGGGUAAAGACUGGACUGUGUUUAAACUCUACAGGGACCUGUAGCAUACAUGGCUGGUGUCCCGUCGAGACGGGCCGGAAACCCUCGUGAGAAUUCAUCCUCUUUUGCUGUGAAAAUAAUAAAAUACUAACUUUUGCAUUGACACUCCACUAAAUACACUACAGAUUGAGGAUCUUAAUUUGAGCCAAUUUGCUACAGCAGGAUUAUAAUCCUGCAGCAACAGGAAAUGUGAAUUAUUAUGUGGAUUAUAAUUCAUGGACAUUUUUGUAGGGGAUGAUACAUUUUUUGUUAGGGCAAAUCAAGUCUGAAAUUUCAAAGUAGAAAUGACAAACUUUUGAAGCCCCAAUUUCAAUCUUGUCUCAUUGCUGCAACUCCCCAACGGGCUCAGGAGAGGCGAAGGUCGAGUCAUGCAUCCUCUGAAACAUGACCCGCCAAACCACACUUCUUGACACCCACCCACUUAACCCGGAAGCCAGCUGCACCAACGUGUCAGAGGAAACACCAUUCAACUGAUGACUGAAGUCAGCCUGCAGGCACCUGGCCCGCCACAAGGAGUCACUAGAGCGCAAUGAGCCAAGUAAAGUACCCCCGGACAAACCAAUUGGACGCCUCCCUAUGGGACUCCCGGUCACGGCUGGUUGUGACACAGCCUGGGAUCGAACCCGGGUCUGUAGUGACGCCUCAAGCACUGCGAUGCAGUGCCUUAGACCGCUGCACCACUUAGGAGGCCAGAAGCCUUUUUAAAACUCAACUACACUACAAGUUUGCAUUUCCUGCUUUGGAGGAAAAUUCUCAGCAACAAAAGAUUAAGAUCCUACAUCUGCACAUUAUGUACUACAGUAUGAAGUACCUUGUCCUAAUCCUCUACCAUUAUGUAGCAGUCACUCUGGUUUAACACUUUUCCCCUUCAUUUCCAGGGAGGCUUUAUUAAGCAAGGUAGAAAACUUCACAAUUUACAUCAAGAACUUUGUCAGGUUUCCGAAGUUUGAAUUCUCCAAGUAAGUGGUUAUGAGAGGUGCUAAGUGGUGCUUGUUCAUACAUUCCUCAGAGUAGUUCCUAGAGACUGUCUGUCUCUAGGGACACAGUCAGUGUCCGUGACAUAGAUCAGUAAGUAUGUGUGAGUAGGGCAGUUGGGGAUACAUGUCCUAGCACUGCUUUGAAUAGCUAUGAGGGUGCACAGUCCCUUCUAUUUAUAUACCCCCAUAGCCAUAUAGCCCAGGGCUGUGUGUGUGUGUGUGUGUGUGUGUGUGUGUGUGUGUGUGUGUGUGUGUGUGUGUGUGUGUGUGUGUGUGUGUGUGUGUGUGUGUGUGUGUGUGUGUGUGUGUGUGUGUGUGUGUGUGUGUGUGUGUGUGUGUGUGUGUGUGUGUGUGUGUGUGUGUGUGUGUGUGUGUGUGUGUGUGUGUGUGUGUGUGUGUGUGUGUGUGUGUGUGUGUGUGUGUGUGUGUGUGUGGGUGUGUGUGUGUGUGUGUGUGUGUGUAGUGAGACAGUGGAGCAGUUAUCCGAGACGUCCUUGACAGCAGAGCAGGCCCAGCCCUAGACAGGUGUCAGAACAGAUCUGAUUGGCUCACUGUGCUCUCAUGCCAAUAAGGCUGUUGUUGUAGAAGGUUUAAUCAGCCAGAACAUUGGUAUUGUCUUUCCAAGCCUAACCCGGAAAGCACAGAGACGUCAGACCUCUGUCAAUUCAUGAUUUCAGUUGUAGAUCUUUUGAUUAUGUUGUGUGUAUUGAAUGGAAAGUGUCUAAACUAUGAAGUAAUAAUAUAAAGUUACUUGUACGAGCAGAGUGAAUAAAAUAUGAUAUGUAGCUCUGUGCUAUUCCUUAUCUAAGGGUCAAAGAGAAAGCGUGUUUUCUGAAGCUGAUAAGAUUUAUUAUGUUUUAGGCCUAUGACCUUUUGUGGAUUUAGCCAAGGAAAAGUAUGAUACUGGACUACUAAGCACGUAGCUAAAAGCUACAUGUCCUGUUCUGUCUUCUUUCCCCUCAGGUCAAAUGUCCUGGACACCGGUAAUGACUCCUAUCUAAAGAGAUGUUCCUAUGACAACGUCUUCCAACCCUACUGCCCCAUCUUUCGUCUGGGAGACCUGGUCAGCAGGACUGGACACAACUUUCAGGACAUGGCUGUAGUGGUACAUAUUUAGAAUCUUUUUGUUUUGAAAUGUACCCUUUAUUUAACCAGGUAGUCCCAUUGAGGUUAGGUGACCUCUUUCCCUGGCAGAGAAGGACCUGGCACAAAGGGGCAGCAAUGUUGUAUAAAAACGAAGGUUUAUCAGCAUACAGUACGUUACUACCCAGGAAGGACACUCAAUACAAUAAAUUAAACAGUCAGUAAUCAGGGUUGGGUUUCUAGUUUAACACUGAGUCCAAAUUAGGCUUUUCAGGCCUUCGUCAUGCUAUCCAAGUAGUGUGGGAGUGAUGUAGUUUUCUCUUCCUCCAGUCCAUUUGAUAGUGAUGCUUGUUUUCAGGCAGUUAGGUAAUUAGCAUUAUUUUGAUUACAUUUAAUUUGACUUUUGCCAUGUAGGCUGCAGUCAUUAGGCAUGAAAUUGAAAUGAAUAACAACUAUGGUUUCAUAAUAACAACAACAUUAUGAAACAUAGCAGUUGUUAGAUCUCUAUUAAGUGGCUUGACACAGAGCCCUGCAUAAAGUGCCCUCACUUUAAACACUACCUCUGGUUGUUAGUGUAGCAGAACACCCAGCAUAGAAGAAAACAAUGGUUAACCACAGCCAUUCCUACCAUAUAUGGCAAAGAUGAUCAGCAGUGUGUUAGCUACUGUGUUAUUGUUAGAGUUGCCAGUUUGUACUUGAGGUUUUAACAUUUUAAAGUACAGUAUAAUUAUGUUCCUAGUUGUUAAUGUUUAAUGAGGAGUUGAUGUAAAUGUGACCACAGUUCAUAGUCAAGGUUAAGAAAGUACAUCUUGAAUAGCACGGCAAUAGAGUCAUCGUCCAUAUUUAGAGCACCGUUCAUCUCUCUCUCUCUCUCUCUCUCUCUCUCUCUCUCUCUCUCUCUCUCUCUCUCUCCUCUCUCUCUCUCUCUCUCUCUCUCUCUCUCUCUCUCUCUCUCUCUCUCUCUCUCUCUCUCUCUCUCUCUCUCUCUCUCUCUCUCUUUCUCUCUCUCUCUCUCUCUCAGGGUGGGUCAGUUGGAAUUCUGAUUGAGUGGAACUGUGAUUUGGAUAAGGACUACUCACAAUGUAACCCAGAGUACAGCUUCACUCGUUUGGAUAUCAACUUAAACAGCACUGUCACGUCAGGCUACAACUUCAGGUAUAUGUUGACAUGCAUUAAUAAGCAGAUUGUACUUCAAGUAUAUAUAAUAAUCCAUGCCCUCAUUCUGAAAAGGUAUUAGCUUCAGCUAAGAAGGCUUGAGCGCUCUCCAACUACUGCAUUUAAUCUCAGAUCUAUCUCUACCAAGCAGUUAUUGACAUUUCUGUUCAAAACAGUUGAUUUGUUUGUUUUCCAGAUAUGCCCGGUAUUACAAAGAUGAAGCUGGAGAGAGCUACCGGACUUUAUAUAAAGUCUAUGGAAUUCGCUUUGAUAUCAUGGUGAAUGGACGGGUAUGACAGUGAUUCUUGCUACACUUACUUGAAUGUGUUGGUAGUAUUCAUAUUACAGUCUGUGUCAGAUCAAAUGUUCUUUGUUCUUUAUUGUGUUUUUCAGGCUGGAAAAUUCAACAUCAUUCCCACAGUAAUAGCUAUUGGGUCUGGUUUCGCUAUUAUGGGCAUGGUAUGUAAUUUAAUAGAUUUGUGUAUUCAUUUGUUUCCAAUACACAUACUGGUCCCCAAAAAUAUAUUCCUCUGUGAUUCUGUGUCAUGUAGCAUGGCCAGAUUGGUUGCUAUCAAAUUAUUUUGAUAUAUCACCACAAGAGGGCGAUCCCCUAUCAUUGUUCAAUUAUAUAAGUUACUCAUCUUCUUCAUUCCAAAUCGAUCCCUAUCCCCUAUCCCCUUGCUUAGGCACUCCUGUAGAUCUGAAACAAUUGGGUCGGUCUAAACAAUAUGCAGUGUUGGGGAGUGGUGAACUACAUGUUAUUCAACUAGUAAUUUACCUACAUUUUGCAGUAGCUUGGUGGGAGUUGAACUAAAUCAAAGAUUUUCUAUUUUAUUGACAAGAUAUUCGCGUGACUGCUCUAACAAUGGAAAUACUCCUCAAAGAUAGAAGGCAGGCGGGAGGACGCGAGAUCAGGUGGGACCAUUCUAUUCAAUGAGAGGGCAGAUACUCGUGAACAACAGGCCAUACAGCUAGAUAGAGGACUCAUCUUUGUAUCUGUGCCAUUAUAGUGUGACAGCAUGGGCAGUGCCAUUGAGGCUUUCUCCAUUUUAAAGUAGUCCAUUUUCUUCUUCAUUGGCUGAUUGCUCCCAACUCAUAGGAAUCCCCACCCAGUUAACUACUUUAAAAUGGUGGAAGGCCUCAAUGUCCAUGCUAAAAUGGGUUAUAUCCAUGAUGAGUCCUCUUAUUUCUAUAACAGGCACAACUCCGAUAUAGUAAUUUUUUUCAAAGUUGCCGAAAUGCCAUGUGCGUCCACUUAUAUUAGUGCAUUCGUAACAACCUAACCAUUACGAAACUUCUAUUCAAUCAAAUGAGCCUCACAUAGCAAAUUAGCAAUAAAUUUUUUUGUUGCCCAAAUUCGACACUCUUUCAUUGACCUCCAUUUAUUUUUUUAAGACAGACUUUGGGCAGAGUAAAACCUCUCGCUUCGCCUUUUCCUCUCUGACUAAAUUCAAAUCUAAGUAGUGUUUUCAGUAGUUAAUUACUUUUUUUUAUUGGAACUACACACAACAAAAUGGGUGAAGUAGGGAAUAAUUUCCUUUCUUUUUCGGCAUUAGACCUGCCUAAUUCUCACUUGAAAUGGUUUUUUUGUUAAAUAGGCUAAAUAACACAUUCCGUUAACAAAGUGAUCUGUUCUUGCAAUUUGUAGUCUAUGAAAUUUCAGAUUUAUAUGAACAUUUUUCAUCAAGUAGUCUGGAUGAAGUGAACUACUUUUUAAAAUUAUCUUAGUUAAGUAAACUAAAGUAGCUUAACUUCAUCCAGUGUGAAGUAAUUGGUAGUUUAUUAGUUUUUAAAAUAUAUUUUCAGAGUAGCUUCCCCGACACUGGCAAGAUGGCUACAUUUUCUUUUGCCUAUCUAAUGCUGUCAGAUCUACAGGAGUACCUUGGGUGUAUAGGGGUCAAUUUGGGAUUCAGAAACCCUCUGCUCCCUGGUAUAAGGUUUUAGUGCCCUAUUUUAGUCAUAUUAUUUAUUUGAGAAGACAGCUCUUUGAAGUCUGCUGUUUACAUCCACAGGACACUUAGUGUUUUUUUGUUUUUGCUAUGGCCUAAGAAGUUCCCUCAAGCUUUAUUGGGGGUAUUGGUUUUAUUUAUAUCAUGCUGAUUACUGUGAUAUAUUGUAUGUCUUGAUCUAAACCUGGGCUUUGUGUUUAUUUCGUUUCAGGGGAAAUUUGCCUGUGAUAUGAUAUUCAUCUAUAUGUUGAGCACGAGUUCCUACUUCCGAGACAGGAAAUUUGAGAUUCUCAAGUAAGACACUAUGACAUGGUAUUACUACUAACUACAGAAUUUACACUUUGUAGUUUCAUCAAUUAAAGUAUUAAUUUGAAGUCUGGGAUUGCUUGCCUUGCUUCCUCUCUCUGUAAAACAAGUAAAACAUCCCUUUAACAGGAAAGAACGGAUUAAGAAGCACAAAGAGAGUGUGAAGACAGUGGUGAACCGAGACACAAGAAAACACAGGAAACAUGCUGGGGAACAACACGAGCUCACCACACUCUCUACGGAAACCGAGGAGAAACCAGAGCCCACCACUCAGGACGCGGAGAAACAGGACCUUAUAACCGUGGAGAAAAAGGAGGUUCAAAUUCUCUCUCCGCGAACUGUGGGGCAACGGUAUAAUACUCACCCUCUACGACCACGACACUAACCAAUUAAUUCGGAGUGACACAUUUUUAUUUACCCUUUAUUAACACAGGUUGGCAGAUUGAGGUCAGAAGACCUGUUUUUCAAGAAAGACCUGAGACAAAGAAAGAGGUGCUGCUAUCGUCAAGAUGGCUAGACUGGGUCCUGUAGCAGGUGGAAAGUGAAACGACGGCGGGUGAGGUGGUGACCCUGAUGCCCACCAUCCUUCUUCUCUACCAGCGGAGGUUGCUGAUGCUGACACAUGGCUCUGGUUUUCCAAUGUCUCUCAGGAGUGAUGUGUCCUGAUUGGAGAUGGUGGUGACUGAUGGGCUGGCAAAGAGAAAUGGCUAUGCAGACGCUCUACAAAGCGAGAUAUUUAUCAAAGAGAAAAAGCACCAUUACAUUUCUGAAGUGUCAUAUUUAUUUGUUUAAGAUGGAAGCAUAAUGCAUCUGGUGUCAAUUAGGCCAUGCAAUCAAACCAUGGCAGAGGGCUGAACUAGGUUAUGCUGGCUGUGGUUUCUUCACACCCAGAGACAGCUUGUAGUAGAAUUAAAUCCUUGUGAGUCAUAUUAUGGAAUGCCACAUAUCGAGAGUAGGCCUACAAUUGCUUUCUCACACCAUUGGAAAAUACACUGGGUGUGAGGUUGUCUAUCAUAAAUACUUCUCAUUUAAUGUGAUUACUUGUCAUUUCCAUCAUGUAUUGACUGGGGACUUAUUUGUGAAGGAAUGUUUUUCUGGGUGAUUUGUGAUGUUUUAUUUGUGCUUGCCAUGACUGUGUUUUUGUAUUUUAAUAUAUAUAUAUAUAUAUAUAUAUAUAUAU